AUGAGAACUCGAGUCAUUCAGAGGCGAUACUGGCAUAUUGCAGAUAUUCCACUGGUGGUCAACGAGUGGUCCCCGGAAUCGGCUCUUCAGCCACCGGACCUGUCGGCUAUGCCCAUUUGGAUUGACCUUAAGGGUGUGCCGAGUAUGCUUUUCUCUCAGAAGGCAUUGAAAUGUUUAAGUCGAGCUGCAGGCAAAUUUGUCAAACUUCACCCUAGUACAGAAAAAUGUUUGCGGCUUGACGUGGCUCGAGUACUUGUUGAGGUUGAUCUCCAUAAGCCACUGGUGGAGAGGAUCAGCUUUGCGGAUAAGAAUGGUGUGCAAGUGCUGAUUGACGUAUGCUACCCCUGGUUGCCUCCGAAAUGCAGUAUUUGCAAUGCUUGGGGCCAUAAGGGAGCGGCAUGUAAUUCAAGGAAGAUUAAGGUUCUCCAAAAGGAAAAGGAGAUAGUGGGAUUGGUCCCGGAGACUGAGGUUAACGGCGAUGUGCAGGACAGGUAUGCGAUCACACCAAACAAAAAUGCUGUUAGUGAUUUGCUCCACGAGCUAGAGGCUAUGCCACCAGCAUUGGAAAGCAAUGAGGUGGAAGUUAAGUCAAACGAUAAGUUUGAGGUUGGCGGUUCUUCAAGUUCAAAUGUCCUGAAGCUAGAUUGGAUCCUUACAGGCAGGAAGUCUUCUCCACAUGAUAGGGAGAGGGUCACAGGUCCAAAAGAAGUUGAUCAAAGGGAGGGGGAUAUGGUGAUCUCACCUUCGAGAUUCAGUGUUCUAGCGACGGAGGAUACUGAGGAGAGAGAUGGGGAUGGAGAUGAUGACCCUGACGACAUAGAGGAGGGACAGGUGAUAUCUGAGGUACAGGAUACGGAUUCAAAGAAAGAUACAGCCAAGAACGUGAAGUUUCGGGCAGGAACGAGUCUCAAGCUCAGUAAACAACUACAAGGGCGUGGGAAGGAGAUGAAAGGAGUAAGGACACGAUCCACCAAAAAAGCUUCCACUCGGAAGUUAUGA